GAUCCCGCGGGUACGGUCGGAACUAACGGGACUUUCAACGACGCGUCGCGAGCAGUGCGAAUUGUUUUCCGGCCAUCUGAGCAAAGCCAAAACCGUGCAUUCCAAAAAAUCUUCGGGAAAGCCUUCGCUUCUCCAUCACAGAAGCCAGAAUCUGUUCGAAAAAAAAUAUGAAUAUGUGUGAAAAGUAGAGAGUGUGCGAGGAAAACCAGAAAGUACGAUGUGCCCAUCCAAGAAAAACUAGAGAAUCCAAACCAAACUGAAAAGUGGAAAGUGCGUUUAAGGUCGCGGCCAACGUGCAACACCCAUCGACACCCUGAGAAAAAAAAACUUGUUCGCAAUGUAAGCAGCUGCCAAAUGUUGGUUUUAUUCUAGUUGUUGUCGACAAGCAAUUUGUUGCCGUGUCGUUGAGUUCGCGAAUCAACGUUCGCCCAUUCGAGAUCUGACUCUGAUCUGACUGCAAUGCCCCCGCCGCUUUCAAUGAAAAUCAUUUCCACGGAAAGCACCGCACAGUUGAGCCAUUGAAAAGCGCACGAACCCCGAGUGGCGUCGUCGUUCUCGUUUGGAUUAUUCUGCUAGUUCAGUGGGUCGAUUGCGAAAUAAUAUAUAUCGAAUUCAAGCAUAAAUAAUUCGCGCGAAAAAGAACCAGCCACGAAAAAUGCCCGCAGUGCAAAGUGUGAAAGGUUUCUGAGCCGGAAAGUAGGCAACACUGGUGCAGGAGCACCAGGACCCCCUUACACUCACUGCCCCCGCAAUCCCCUCGCCCGCCGACCUCUCUCACCUGCAGGAUCGAGGGCCGGGUCACCAUGAGCAGGUCCUGCAGCCGCCCGCUCUCCCUGCCGCUCUGCCUGCUCGUCGUCCUUUCCGCGCUCAUCGGUCGAGCGGCGGCGGCGACUCGCGUCCGCGUCAGCUCCUCCACCACAAUGACCCGCAACAUCGAGGAGGAGAACGCUUUACUUUUACUGCUAGCUGGUCCGCCCGUGCUAUCCGAGUCCAUAAUGGGAACGGUUGGCCGACUGCCCUGCAACGUCACCCCGCCCAUUUACGAGGAUCGAGUGGCUCUGGUCAUCUGGUACAAGGUUGGCCUGAAGACGCCCAUUUACAGCGUGGACACACGCGACUCGAACUUCGCCCAGGGAACCCACUGGUCGGAUGAGACCUAUCGGGAGCGCCUCUCCUUCCACGUGGAAGGACGUGCCGGCACGCUGACCAUCAAGUCAACCACGGAGGACGAUACCGGCGAGUACCGCUGCCGCGUCGACUUCCAGAAGAGUCCGACGCGCAACUCCAAAGUGAAUUUAACUGUCAUAAUUCCGCCCGAAUCAGUGAUUAUAUUGGACAGCAAGGGGGCCACCAUCAAGGAUCACACGCUGGGUCCCUACAACGAGGGCUCCGGCAUCAACAUCACGUGCGUGGCCAUCGGCGGACGCCCCCAGCCGAGGGUCACCUGGCUGCACGGCAACACCGUCUACAAGGACGCCAGUGUGGGCCACUCCCUGUCCGAGAGGCGGGUGGCCAAUGUUCUGUCCCUGCAGCGCCUGGAGCGAAGGAAUCUCCACAUGCAGCUAACGUGCCGGGCGGAGAACAAUAAUUUGACAACGCCAAUUAUCAGCAGCGUCGUCCUCGACAUGAACCUGCGUCCUUUGAUUGUCAAGCUGCAGGGGGAGAAUCGACCCUUGUCGGCGGGGAAUUCUUAUCAGCUCAGCUGCGUUGUCAUCGGAGCACGUCCAGCGCCGACGAUUACCUGGUGGAAGGGCAGUACCCCCAUGAAGAAUACUCAUGAGAUUGCGAAUCCGGAUGGGAACAUGACCACCUCGGUGCUGACAUUCACGCCCACCAUCGAUGACCGCGGCAAGUUCCUCUCGUGCCGCGCGGAGCAGAGCAUGAUACCCGAAUCCGGAAUGGAGGAUGGCUGGAAGUUGGACAUCUAUCACAUUCCGGUUGUGAGUCUGGAGCUGGGCACCAAUUCACUGAACUCCACUCUGCGCGAGGGAAUCGACGUGUUCUUCGAGUGCAACAUCAAAUCGAAUCCCUGGAUAUACAAAGUUAGCUGGCGGCACAAUGGCGAGAUCCUGUCCAACAAUCCCGCCGAAGGCAUCGCCGUCUCCAACCAGAGUCUGGUGCUCCAGAACGCCAGCCGGGCGAGGAGUGGCAUCUACACCUGUGUGGGCAGCAAUCGGGAGGGCGACGGCGAGAGCAAUCCCGUCCAGCUGGACAUUCGAUUUGCACCGGUUUGUCGACCUCGCCAGCGGUUAACUUACAGCUCCGGCCGACACGAAACCGUCAAGGUGGCCUGCGAAAUCGAUGCCAAUCCCGCGGAGGCGACCUACGUUUGGAAAUUCAAUGCGACCCAGGGCGAAACGAUUGACAUACCAGCCUCGCAGGUGGCCAUUGACCGGGGUCGCAGUAUUGCCCAUUACACCCCGAUGACGGAGAAUGACUACGGAACGCUGCUCUGCUGGGCCACCAACGAAAUUGGCGAUCAAAGUGAACCCUGCGUGUACACAAUACUCCCGGCAGGCCAACCGGAUCCAUUGAUGAACUGCACGGUGCUCAACCAGACAUCGACGGGAUUCCAAAUCGAAUGCAUCGAAGGAUUCGACGGCGGACUGGAGCAGGACUUUAUAAUGGAGGUUUACUUGAACGGAACGAAACGCAAUUCCAAAAUUUCAAAAUCAAAGCGACCGUACUUUGAGGUGAGCGGUCUGGUGCCGGGCAUGGCCUACAAUGUCUUCCUCGUCGCCAGCAACACCAAAGGACGAAGCAAUGCCACCAUUGUGCAGGUCUACACGCUGAAGGACCCGGAGAAACAAACGGUUAAAAUAACAUUCACAAAGUCCUUCCAAGGACUUAGGCCUGCCUAUCCUAAAUCAAAGGCCGCAACGACCACGACCAGCGACUGCGUUUGCGAUGAGGACGAGUUUCUGAACUUGGGCAAGGGAAUUAGCCACGACGAGGGCACAGACAUUGACCAGCAAGAAGACCUCUCGCUGGCCUAUGCGCCGGUCAUCGAGGACAUCCGGCCGUUCCUCGGCAUUCUGGCCGGCAUCGUGGGCAGCGUGUUCCUGGUGGCCCUCAUCAUUGUGAUUGUGGUGCGUGUGCGCGGCUCCUCGGGGCGCGAUCGCAAUAAUUACUCGCAUCCGGGCAGCGGUGGCGUGGGCGUGGCCGGCUCCACCGGCAACGGCAGCGGAGUGGGCGGCGUGGGCGGCGGAGUGGGCGGCACGACGGCCAAUGGGAACGGCAGUCUGGGCCUGCUGGCCAGCAACAACAAUGGCAGCCUGGUCAUCGGCACACUGGGCCACAAUGGCGGGCAAUCAGUGCAGGAUAUGCACCGCAUCGGCCGGGAGACAUGUCAUGUGACGAGCAGCCUGGACAGCAUCGACAAGAAUCCGGACAUCAUACCGCAAGGUGGGUUGGAUGGACACGACCUGGAUGAUGAGUGGACGACCAAGGGUCAUGGUCGCGCUUAUGCGACGGCAGCGUUGGCCGAGCAGAAUGCCGUGAUUACCUCCGGAACCUAUGAUCACCUGAUGCCCACGUACGCUGUGGUGGACAAGAAGACAGGUCCACCUCCUGGCCACGGCCCCUAUAUCCAGUACAACACACUCAUACCCGUUAGCAAAAUGGGCGCUUUUGCCAAUCAACAGCAGCAGCAGCUCCAACAUCAGCCGCAACAGAAGACUGAGCUCAGCUACAGCGAACUGGCCGCUCCGCUGGUGGGCGGACCGGUGAGCGUCCAGCGGAUGGCCCCCUAUUGCAGCGCGACCUUGGGUCGGCCGGGCAGGCAGGCGGAACUUAAGCGGGCGGAGCCGAACAUCUACUCGCAGAUCGAUCUGGCACACCAUCCCAUGCCCAUGUACUCGACCAGCCCGAUGUUUGGCACGAAUAGCACCAUCACCGGAGUCACCAUGUCGCAUCCAUCACAAUUGGCCACCUUCUCGCCGACGCCGCCGCCGCCCAUCUUCACCCACAGCAUGGUGACCACCGGCGAUGGCCUCCUGCAGCCGGUGACAUGCAUGGGUCUCGUGGCAACAUCUUCGGCAGCGGUAUCGGGUCCGGUCUCCGUGCCCCAUCCCCAGCAGCAGCAGCAGCAACAACAGCAACAACAACAGCAGCAGCAGCAGCAGUUGACGGCGGCCAAUGGCGGAAACGGAAGCAUCGUCGGCAUGGGCAUGAGCCUUUAUGGCAGCGAUGUGGGUAAGCCACAGCUGCUAAAGACCGUGCCGGAGGAGCUGCACCAUCAACUAAAUGGCGAGGAUGUCCUGAUCGCCCAGGAUCGCAAUCUCGGAUCCGGAACGCGGUUCUGACGCUAAGCUCUGGGCCAGGAUGAGCAACUAAUCUGAAGUCAGAGCCAAACAGGAAAUGCAAAUCAAAAGAAGGAACUAUUGAAAACUACAGAAAAUCGGGGAAUAAUUGGUAAACAAAUUGACUAUAAGUUGUAUGUGAUGAGCCAGCGUAGAGGGAAUGGAGUUGAUUUUAAAGCAGGGGAGGAGCAACCUUAGUUGGCGCUCUUUUAAGGAAGCUAAGGACAUAACACGAGAAUAGCGAAUGGAGGGAAGACCCUGUAAAAAGAUAACAAUAAACUGUGCAUGUAAAUUGUUUGAGGCGCAAGUGAAGCUCAGCAUAGAAAUCCAAUAGGCCUAAGAAGACAUGUAAAUUACGGAAUACAAUUAACACUUAUAGCUAUAAUUACCACUAACAUUAAAUCGAAAAUACUGAAUUGUUAAUAUAUUUUUAAACAACAGCUUUAAGCGCCAAAAGAGAAACAUAAACUUUUAGCUAAGUAAACGAAUUCAUAAUUGUUGUUGAGUUUAGUUCGAGUAACCUAGCUCCCAUUACCAUUUAGCUUGUAACUUAGGCGUAACUAAGGCAUUUAAAACAUCUAAAGAGAAUUCAUCUAGCUGUAAGCUCCGACUUAGCAUAGUUCAAAUUGUAAUUAAAAGAUCAUAAAGAAUUUAAAGAAACACUAACAGUAAGGCAACUAAUUAAUGACCGAUUAAUAAACGACUCAAAUUAGCAAAUCCAGUUUGCAUUUUAUACGUAACGAACUACGAAAAAGAAAAGGAAAUCCGAAGAGGCUUGCCGAACAAGCAUGAAAAUCUUCGGGGAAAGUAAAUUCUAGUAUAAGAAAACAGAAUGCAUAAAAUUAAUAAAAUAAAAGGCUAAGCAACUGCAUGUAAAAUAUUUAACUGAGUACUAGGCUAAAGUUAAUAAAUUAAAUUUAA